UAUACAUAAACUGAUGGUAACUCGAGUCAAUUACCUUUCACCUUUUUUUUCUAAAUGCUAACGUGAAUACUAACAAUUCCAGUAUGAUUCAACGUAAUAUUAUAAACAUGUUACAUAUUUCUAUGAUUAUGUAUAAUAUCACAGAUAACACUGAUACUGUUAUAAUCCAUUAAGAAUCUAUAUAUCUGCAUGUAUUCUCCAAUAUACCAAUGAUAUCAACUAUGCAUCAAUUCAGUUAUACAAAUCAUAUAAUACUGAAAAAUGUUUUAUUAUCAUUAUUAUAUUUAUCUAUAUCUAUAUUAAAUUUAUUAGAUGCUUAUUAUGUAAUAUCUACAAAUUCAAUACAUAUUAUCAAUAAUCAUGAAAUCAAUAAUGAACAACAAUUAGUCAAUAAAAUCAAUAUCAAUGAAAAUCAACUGAUUCAUAAACAUUUUUUAAUUGUCAAUCAUUUUAAAUAUGAACAUACAUUGAUUACAUAUUGUACAGAAAUAUUUGGUGGUAUUUUAAAUUUUAUUUCAGCUAGUUUAUAUUUUACUACUCAAUUACAUAGUUUAUUAUUAACACAUAAUACUACUAAUAAUUAUAAUAGUAAUAACAUUGAUAAUAAUUUAAAAAAGAAAACAUUAAAAUCACGUUUCAACAUUCCAUUUGCAUAUCAUGAUUUCUAUCCGAAUGAACAAAUUAUAAUGAUACAUAAAUAUUUUGAAUUUUCUAGUCUAAUUAUUAUUAUAAGUAGUAUAUUUAGUUGUAUCAUGAUGAUGAUCACAAUGAGUUUAAGAAGUUACAAAAUAUUUAUGAUGAUGAAUAAUUCAAAAAAUAAUUUCUAUAUAUUAAUCAAUUCUAAUGCAACUCAAUGUAAUCAAUUAAAACAAAACCAUUCAAUUGUCAAUAUCAAAAAUGAUUUAAAUUUUUGUAAACAUUUAAAUCAGUUAAUUUUAUUAUUUUCAUCGAUAUUAAUUAUAUUUGGCAGUUCAAUCAUUAUAAGUAGUAUAAUAAAAUGUAUACAAAUGAAUUAUUGGUUCAUUAGUAAUUAUUUAAUUGAAAAAUUAAAAUUAAAUAAUUUUUUUAAUUUAUUAAAUGGUAGUUUAAAUAUAUUUAUUGGUUUAUUGAUAAUGAUUACAAUAAAAUAUUAUUUAAUUCCAGUAGAAUCAAUCAUAAAAAAUCAAUAUAAAUAUAAAAAAAUUAGAAAAAAUAAUUGUCCAAUCUAUAUUAUCAUUAUUAUUAUUAUUAUUAAUGGCUUUAUUAUCAUAUGUUUUUUUAUAUCGAUAUCGAUACAAAUCAAUAUAUCGAUUAUGUAUAAAUUAGAUUAUUUAAUUAUUAAUAUGAAUCAAACCAAUCAAUAUUUAUUAAAUAAUGCAUUACAAUUAUAUUAUUAUAAUUAUGCGACUAAUUAUUUCUUUAGUUUUUUUACAUUACCUAUUAUUAAUUUAUUAUUAUGUUGUAUCAUUAUUGAUUUAUAUCUUCGUCAUAAAUUACAAUUGAAUUUAAAAAUUGAUUUAUUUAAACAAUUAUAUAUUGACUAUAAUUUAAAUAAUAAUAAUGAUCAAUUAUCAAAACAAAAAAAUUAA